AUGAAGUCGCUUUUCUGCCUUUUUGUGUUAGUGUGUGCCGCUACAGCGGUGUCCUUGGAAAACGAGGAGCAGAAAUAUUCACGUUUCAUUGAGAUUCCUACUGAUGAUGGCGUAAUGCAUCAAGUUGAUUUAGAGGAGCAGCCAGACUUCCACUUAUUGGAAGAAAUCCAGAGGAACCCAGCAGACAACGUAUAUCUACUGUUCACUAGGCGGAAUCCACUUAUAGCUCAGACUCUCACAAUAAACAAUGCAAAUAGCGUUACCUCAUCCAAUUUCAAUCCGAGAGUUCCAACUAUUGUCAUUGUUCACGGAUGGCUCAGCAACCGGUACACUAACCCAAAUCCAACUGUCAGACGUGCUUAUCUGGACAAAAGUGACGUAAAUGUCAUUGUUAUGGAAUGGAGAAGGCUAGCUGCGUCUACAUAUCCUACUGCUGUCGCCGGAGUUCCGGCGGUGGGACGAGGCCUGGGUCAAUUUCUUACAUUCCUCAACAGUACUACAGGAGCUCCUUUUAAUACAAUGCAUCUGAUCGGAUUUAGUUUAGGUGCCCACGUAGUUGGAAAUGCUGGCAGAGAACUUGGUGGCAGAGCUGCGCGUGUUACAGGUUUGGAUCCCGCUGGUCCUCUAUGGGUGACCAAUUCAAAUCGUCUACGACCUGCUGAUGGUGUAUAUGUAGAGGCUAUUCACACCGAUGGUGGUAUUGGGGGACUUGGUAUUGGACGUGCGGUGGCUGAUGCCGACUUCUUCCCUAACGGUGGAGAGAGCAGGCAGUGUAAUAAUAUGCUUCAAGUUUCCUUAAACACUUGUAGCGGAUCUGCUCUUAACUUGGGCAAUGACGAUUUAAAUAAGAGAGGCAACGGCCUGUUCCGAGUGAAUACCCAACGAAGAUAUCCUUAC